GCCGCGACCAAGAUGGCUGAGAGAGUCGCAGCCUUCCUCAAGAAUGUCUGGGCCAAGGAACCUGUGCUAGUGGCAUCCUUCGCCAUUGCGGGCCUCGCUGUAAUCGUGCCCACACUCAGCCCCUACACCAAGUACUCGCUCAUGAUCAACCGGGCCACACCGUACAACUACCCAGUGCCCCUCCGAGAUGACGGGAACAUGCCUGAUGUGCCCAGCCACCCCCAGGACCCCCAGGGCCCGAGCCUGGAGUGGCUGAAGAGACUGUGAGCACCUCCGUUGACAGGGAGCGGCCCCCGCCCCGAUGGCCCCAAUAAAUGCAUGAAAA